AUGUCUGCGAAACUGAUCCUCGUGGUGGGCGCCCUCGCGGCUGUGGCCUCCGCCGUCCCCCGUCCCGACUCUCCUCCCGUCUACGGCGCUCCUCCCCCGACCUACAAGCAACCAGGAAUGCCCUUCGACUUCAGCUACGCCGUCAGGGACUACUCGGGCAACGACUACGCCCACGCCCAGACCAGCGACGGUCACGUCACCUCCGGAUCGUACAGCGUGGCUCUUCCCGACGGCCGAACCGAGAUCGUGGAAUUCACCGCCGAUCACGACAACGGCUACGUCGCCAACGUCGCGUACGAGGGGGAGGCCUCCUACCCCGCCCCUGCCCCCUCCUACCACCCAGCUCCCUCUUACCACGCCCCCGCCCCCUCCUACCACCCCACUCCCUCCUACCCACCUCCCCCACCCCACCCAUACCAAUAAAUCCCAUCCAUCCUCAGCGCACAGGCGGCUCUGCCAAAAGCUCCUUGCUCAAGAAAUAUCCAACGCCAAAGGAAGGACUUGCCAACCUCAAGCCAUACCAUAAAAAUCCACGCAGAAGUCACAGGGUAAAACCUAGGUGCUUCCUGUGCUUCAGCAGUAAGUGCCUCGUUGCUUCCACAUGGAAAUUCAUUUCAACAUAAACUGACUCGUCCUGUUUAUGUUUUCACGAUGGACGC